GUCGUUAUCACAGUAGUAUCAGUAGAUAAGCUCUAGGCAGUAAAAAUUGAAAAAUUGUAUAAACGUGGUUUUCUUGAUGCUUUAUAUUUUUGUUUCUGAAGUUCAUUUUUUAAAAUAAAAUGUCAAAACUGACGAAAUUGUUUGUUGGAAAUAUACCGUGGACAGUUAGCAGCCGGGAAUUUCGUAAAUAUUUUGCUGCAUACGGGCACGUUGUAUCAGCCGACGUAUUGUUUGAUCACACUACUGGUUUUUCAAAGGGUUACGGAUUUGUUCAGUUUUCUACACCUGGUGGAUACGAAAGCGUUCUAAAAAACAAUCAUCAUGAGAUAGAUGGACAAGGAUUAAUCGUCAAAUCUACAGUCUCUCGAUAAUUAUGAUUACCAUUUGGCAAUAAAACUAAAAACAUUUUUUUAUUGAACCAAUAUUUAUCUAUAAGAGAACAAUAAUUCUCCUAUAUAUUUCUAUUAGUAUUUAUUUUAUAUAUUAUAGUUAAGUUAUAUGACUAAUGGAUUUCAAUUCCAAGUAUUUAGCUACACAGUUUGAUAAAGCUGUGUCAUUUAUUACUGGUACUAAUAUAUCUGAUGUUGAUGUACAACUUAAAUUGUAUGGAUUUUAUAAGCAAGCACUAGAAGGUAAAUGCAAUCUACCAAAACCUCCAAUAUAUGAUCUUAAAGGUCGAAAAAAAUGGUAUGCUUGGUCCGAAAUGGGUUUAAUGUCCAAAGAAGAAGCUAUGGCAGGAUAUAUAAAUUUAGUCAUUUCCAUAAAUCCAAAAUUUGAUGAGGAAAAAAGUACUGGUUGGGUAACAGUGAGUACAUUUGCUAAUGACGAACAACCUCUUUCAGAAAAUGAAAAAACCAUAAGUGACUGGGUAAAAGAUGGUGAUUUGGAAAAAAUAAAAACAUUCUCUGGGAACGUAAAUGUUAAUGAUGCUAUGGGAAUGGCGCCGAUUCAUUGGGCUUCUGAUCGUGGAGAUUUAGACAUACUGAAAUUUCUGAUUGAAGAUCGUUCUGCUGAUAUCAAUUUUCAAGACGAUACGGGCCAGACAGCUUUGCAUUAUGCUGUGUCUUGCAGUCAUGAGGCGAUUUGUGAAUAUUUAAUUGGUAAGGGUGCAAGAAUUAACAUUCAAGAUGAAGAUGGAAUUACUGCAUUAGAAAUGUGUUCUGAUGAAAAAUUAAAAUCAAUAUUAGUAUCCAGAAAUUGAAAUCAUAUUUAUGUACAAUUAAAUGUAAAUAAUUAUAUUCAAUUUUCCGGUAAUAUUUGAAUUAUUUAUGAUUAUGAUAUAGUGUCUGUGUAGAAUUUUACAAUAUAAAUAAAAACCAUUACCCUUCA